AUGGUGUUUGGUGGCGGUUCAAGGGAGGGGGGCCUUGUAGAUCCGAGCAAAUCAUAUAAAGCACAACCUUUGCCUGUUUUCUGUAUUAAUAUCCCACGGAUUGUUGAGCACACGUUGGAGAAGCUAUGGUGUUCACCUGGCAACGGUGUGGUAUUAAUGCUAGUUGUGUAUCUAGUCAACCUCAGAGACCUUUUUAUCUACCCUGUCUUGCCCCCCUUCAAGGGCAUCAAGCUUCACUUCGUGGCCAGCGGACCUGAGGGUAAACCUCUGAUGUUGUUCAUCCACGGCUUCCCUGAGUUCUGGUUCUCGUGGAGGCAUCAAAUCAAAGAGUUCCAGAAGGAUUACAGGGUGGUUGCUUUAGACACCAGAGGCUGCGGAGAGGCAGAAAAACCCAGUAAGCUGACUGAAUAUUCAAUGGACACACUGCUGUCUGACAUUAAGAUAACUAUCCUUGCUUUAGGGUACACAAGUUGUGUUCUGGUCGCUCACGACUGGGGCGUCGCCAUAUCGUGGACCUUCUGCCGAUACUACCCGCAGAUGGUUGAUAAAUUUAUUGUCAUGAAUGCGCCGCCUCUGCCGGUGUUUGAAAAGAUGAUGAGACGGAAGGAGCAGUUUAAGAUGUCUUGGUACAUUUACUUCUCCCAACUCCCGUAUCUCCCAGAGCUGUACAUUAGGAUGAAAAAUUUUGAAGCCCUUGAGAGCUGCUAUGGCAUCAAGAAAACUGGAGGUCUCUGUUUCUCUGGAGCUUUCAACAAGCCUUUACCUCGGGAAGAACUUGACGCCUAUAUGUACAUCUUCUCUCAACAAGAGACUCUGUCAGCAUCGAUCAAUUAUUACAGAGCUAUUCUGGGAGCACCAGUUGAUGCUUACGACAUGACAUUUACCAUGCCCAUCCUGGUUAUCUGGGGGUGUGACGACAAGGCUAUCCACGUCACAGCAGUGGAUGACAUCAAACGGGCCUUGCCACAAGUGACCAUUGAACGUAUAGAAGAGGCUGGUCAUUUCGUACAGAUGGACACACCUGAGAAGGUCAACAGGGCCAUGAGAGCCUGGCUGAAUAAACAGGCGUAG